GCAGGUUUGAUGAUGUUUUUCUGCUUCUUGGUGCACAUCAGCUCUUCUCGUGCGUGUCGGUAAAUCUCGGAGAUGCUGUGCUCUGAUUGGCUACCGGCUGAUGCAGUGCUGCUCUGAUUGGCUGCUGGAGAAAGGCACCAGUUCCCCCACGACCCUGCGUGGAAGCAGGUUCAGAAGAUGGAUGGAUGGAUGGAUUUAUGACCGAAACUUUCAACCUGGGUUCUCGUCUCUGAUUGGCUGAUCGUGUUGAGACAGCACCAACUGAUGCUUCAGGUGUUUGUUUCCUGCUGAUGCUUUAACCACCUCAGUCCUGAUGGAACCAGGAGGCUGGCUGUUUCUGCUGGAUCUGGUUCGGACCGGUUCAACAGACAUGUUCCUGUGGAUCCAGCCCCUGUGUGACCCAGUUGGUCUCGAGGUCCAGAUUCAGGUCCAGACGGUGAACUGUUCUACGGGCUCUAGUUCUUCUGGACUCUAUUGGGUUCCUCUCCAGAAACCUGUCUGUUUUUGAAAUUCCCACAGACAAGUGGUCUCUGUCCAGUCAGGGAUGUCCACGUCUCCGAGUCUCGCUGACCUCUCUCGGCUCUACCAGACGGAGUUUGUCCGGAGUGCCCGAGCAGUCGGAGCUCUGUGGGCCGUCUGUUCGCUCUGCUUCGCCGUCAUCCAGGUAGUCAUCCUGGUCCAGCCGUCCUGGAUCGGCACCACCAACGCCAGAACCCAGCCGGGAGGUCAACAGCUGCCCAGUGGAACCAUGGGACUGUUUGAGGUGUGUUUGGAGUCGGACUGGCCAGUCCCUGAUUGUCGUGGAGGCUUGUCCAGUCUCUCUCCGUUGCCGUCCUUCCAGUCUGUGGCGGUGCUGGUGGGCGUGUCCCUGUGGGCCGUGUGGACAAGCGUCCUCUGUCUCUGUCUCUUCAGGUUCUGUGGUGCUGCAACCGUCUACAAGAUCUGCGCCUGGCUGCAGCUGACAGCAGGCUUUUGUUUGGCCUUGGCGUGUCUCCUGUUCCCAGACUCGUGGGAGAGUCCAGAGAUGAGGACACUGUGCGGAGACUCGGUGAGCAGCUUCUCUCCAGGUAACUGCUCUGUCCACUGGGCCUACAUCCUGGCUCUCCUCGGGGUUCUGGACUACGCCAUCUUGGCCACGCUGGCCUUUGUUCUGGCCAACAGACAGGACGCCCUGCUACCCCCUGAUUCCCAGGAAGUGACUGCAGGUCUUCUGAUGACGGCGUGACUCCACAGGACUCGGGUUUCGACUCCACGUUAUCCUGAGCUGGAUCCUGCUUCUGUUUGUCUGCAUGAUGGUACAGUCGGACCACGAACCAGGAGGCAGAUUCAGUCUCCAGGAUCCGGAUCUGCUGGAAGACCUGAUCAGGAUCUUCUGCCUUUCUUUUUGUCUGGUUCUGUUGAACAGCCCGAGGGUAGGAAGCAUCAUCCGUCCGUCUUCGGUGCUUCUCAUCCCCCACUGUCAUUGGGCGGGGGCGGGGCUAAAGUUGUACCGAACCUGUUAUAAACCUUUUUGUUGUUGUUUGUUCGUGAGAAUUAAACAAACCCUAAACUUAA